GUGCGGGCUCGCGAUGUCACUCCGGUCAUUUGGAUAGAAAAAUAUUGAGGUUAGAUAAAAAUUGCAGAAUGGCUAUUUACAAAUUGAGGCGAUUUCUUGGAACCUCAGCAAUUUUCGCUUAGUACGCCGAUGCGGAGAAGAUUGUGAAACUUUCGCGGAUUGACUUACGAAAUAGCGCAACUACUUGGAAAUGUUGAAUUCACAAAUACAUUUGAAUAUUUUCUUAUUUAUUGUAUUGUUUACAGUGAUGUGUUAAUUGACUGUUGGUCACAGAAUAAUAGAUUUUAGAUGACUGUGUCAGUUACGAUAGCAGCUUUCUGUUACUGAUUUUUAUCAAAUGAUUUGCUGAUCAGCAGAUUAGAUACUAAAAAUAACCAUGGCCACUGUUGUGGGUACAGAUCCAGCCUUCAAAAGACCUAUGAGAAGGGACAUGAGACAGCCAAGUGUCGUUGACUUAGACAUAGAUAUGUUUUUGAAAAUUUCAAACUAUGAAGAUACUGUAAGGCAACUUGAUAUUUAUUAUGGGAUUGUUAAAAGACAGAUUUUACAUUAUCAAAGUUGUAUAACUGGAUUAUUUCCUCAAGUUUCUACUGAUAAAACAGUUGGUAGUGUGCGAGAUAGUAUUUAUUGUGCUGCAGCUAUAUGGAGCUUAUAUCAAGCUUACAGACGAAUUGAUGAUGACCGUGGAAAAUCAUAUGAGCUUGGCCAGUCUGCCAUCAAAUGCAUGCGUGGUAUUUUAGAAUGCUGGGUAAAACAAUCCUCUAGAAUUGAGUUAUUCAAACGUAAUCAAUGCGAUCGUUUUGCAUUACAUUGUAAGUUUCACCUUGCCACUGGAGAAGAGAUUUUUAAAGAUGCUGACUACUACCAUCUACAGAUCGAUAUAGUAUCUCUUUACCUAAUAUUUUUAGUACAAAUGAUUUCUUCUGGGCUUCAAAUAAUUUAUACCCAAGAUGAAGUAGCAUUUGUACAGAAUCUCGUCUAUUAUGUAGAACGUGCUUAUCGCACACCAGAUUAUGGAGUGUGGGAACGUGGUAGUCGUUACAAUGACGGUACACCUGAAAUACACGCAAGUUCCAUUGGCAUGGCCAAGAGUGCUCUUGAAGCUAUUAAUGGAUGUAAUCUUUUUGGAGAGACCGGAGCCUCUUGGUCUGUAAUAUAUGUUGAUAUCGAUGCUCAUAACCGUAAUCGUAGUAUUUUUGAGACAAUGUUACCUCGAGAGUCGAGUUCCAAGAGUGUAGAUGUAGCCUUGUUACCAACAAUUUCUUUCCCAGCAUUUGCUACUCAUGAAGAGUUCCUUUAUAAUGAAACAAAGUCAAACAUAAUUCGCCGUCUUCGUGGAAAUUAUGGAUUUAAAAGAUUUGGAAGAGAUGGUUACAAAACAGUUCUCGAAGAAACUCAUCGUCGUUAUUACAAAUCUGGAGAAAUAAAGGAAUUCGAUAAUAUUGAAUGUGAAUGGCCUUUGUUCUACAUCUUCAUGAUAAUUGAUGGAGUUUUCAAAACACUUCCGGAACAAGUAGAAGAAUAUCAAAACUUAUUGAAAGUUAGACUGCAUAAAGACCACAAUGGUGACCCAACAGUGCCAAUGUAUUAUUAUGUACCAGAAGAAAAUAUUGAAGCUGAGAGAAAUGAGCCUGGCAGUACGUUCCAUGUACCCAGUGAAGAAGGAUCUGGCCAGAAAGGAAGCAGCGAUAGUGAACCUUCUGCUUUAUACUUAUGGAAUCAAUCAAUGUUUGUAAUCGCUCAGUUGCUUACUGCUGGUUUGCUACACAUUAAUGAACUCGAUCCAAUUCGUCGUUACCUUCCAUCGUACAACAGACCUCGAAGGGCUGGAAGAUACUCUGCUUUUCAGGCAAAACCCAGCAUCGGAACACAUACCGAUCUUGUGGUACAAAUUGUCCUGAUAGCCGAGUCCAUGAGGUUGCAAGCAAUGAUGGCUACAUACGGAAUUCAAACACAGACACCUCAUGAAGUAGAACCAGUUCAGAUUUUAUCUUCAACUCAAUUGGUUAAAGUUUACCAGAGACUAGGUGUUAACAAGAAAUUAAAGCUGGAAGGACGACCUGCAAGACCAAUUGGCUCCCUGGGUACCAGUAAGAUGUACAGGGUUUGUGGAAUGACAGUUCUGUGUUACCCAUUAAUAUUUGAGGUGUCAGACUUCUAUUUAUAUCGAGACAUGGCUCUUCUAAUUGACGAUAUUAAGACGGAGCUUCAAUUCGUCGGUAAAUAUUGGAGACUUUCAGGACGUCCGACAGUUUGUCUUUUGAUACGAGAAGAACACAUGAGGGAUCCGCAAUUUAAAGAAAUGUUAGAUCUCUUUGCUAUGCUGAAGAAAGGCUACUGUGAUAGCACGAAAGUGCGAAUUGGUCGAUUGCAAAAUCUCAUUUCUUCAUCUUGUAUCGAACAUUUAGACUUCAUAAGUACAACAGAGACAGAUCUUGCUCUUACUCCAUUCAAGCAGUUGGAACAUGAUUACAUUGGUUAUCAGAGUUUGACUGAUGUCCCUCGGGCGCUAUCUUAUGUCGAGGACGUACGAGAUUAUUCUACAUUUGUAAACGAACCAUUAUACAACAUAUUGAACGAAAUUCGGAACACUGACAGUCUCUAUGCAAAGUGUCAGCUUUAUGGUAUUCUGUUAAAACGUGAAGGUAUCAAUUAUGAAAUUAAUGGAAUGACAGUUGGUGACUUGUUGAGAAGUGUGUAUCAGCAGGCAGGUAGCUUGCGAUAUUGGAUGGUAGUACGAUAUUGCAGCAGUUUACUGCAUCAUACUGUGGACAGUAUUAGUCCUUUCAUCACGGGUGUUUUAGUUAAAGGAAAACAGAUUACAGUGGGUGUGAUUGGACAUGAGGAAACUGUAUUCGACAAACCUAUGACACCUGCUGAAAUUCAAUCGGUCAUGUACUCAACGAUUCAACCGCACAAUGUGGUACAAGCUGUACUUCAGCAAGAAGUUUUGCUCUAUUGCGGUAGACUAAUUGGAACUAAUCCGGAGAUGUUUAAAGGCAUACUGAAAAUUCGCAUCGGAUGGGUCUUGGAAGCAAUGAAUCUAUAUUUAGAAAUGUUUAAAAAGGAUUCUAAACCAAUAGAGAACUACAGUCCUUACGAAAUCAGGAGGAUUUUAAUAAAGGUGUUGACAAUAAAAGACUGGGCUUCUAAAGAGAAUUUAACGGUGCUUGGUAGAAGAAAAAUUGAAGGAAGCUUGUGUCGAGUGCCUGCACAUUUUUAUAAUCAGGUGUGGGAAGUAUUAGUGCGUUGUCCAGGUGGUAUUUGUGUUAAUGGUCGAGAAUUGCCGCAACAACCAACAUUGUCUAGUAUGACUCGAUCAGAGCUGACUUUUGCUUUGCUUGUUGAGUCUAUUCUCCAUCACAUUCAAUUACCAGAAUUUCGACAGAUUAUUGUUGAGCUCUUGAAUAUAGUUUCAAUAAUUCUCUUACGAAACCCAGAAUUGAGUUUCAAAAGGCAAUUGGAUUUAAACAAGUUGGUUGAAGAUGCUUUUGUAAUAUAUUGCAAAGUAGGUUUCUGUGGUAGUACACUAUUUUUACGUACUCUGAGCGCAAUGCAAUAUUUUCAUUACUUUUGUACUUUUGUUUCCUUUCAGGAUCAAGAUAUCGAAAAGACUAAUGAUAUGGCACUCUUUUUUUCUGCUCAUUAUUCGCUGACAACAGGAUGUCUUGCCAGGGCUGUUGUGAACAAUGUUUUAACAGGUGGCUGUGUUACAGCAAUUGUUGACAUUAAUGAUACAAUCGAAUCCCAUGACAUGUGCAAAAUUGCUUAGCAAAAUGUGUUUUAUGUUCAAAAUUGUCUUUUGAUAGUCUCUGUAUAUAUGGGAAUUUUUUUGAUGAAGUGAAUAGACAUUAAUUGUACGUAUUAUAUUAAUUUAGGAAAGACUUUAGAAGAUUGUUGAAGUGUUGAAGAAUGUUAUAGGUUACUGAUUAAUGCAUAGAUAAAUGAUGUAUAAAGAUGAAAAUGUUUUUUUGUUUCUUUGUCAAAUGUGGAAAUGAAUAAAAUUUAUGCAGAAUAUAA